AUGUCAUCCGCAGGAAAAGAUAUUCGAGCCUUACAGAAGAAAAUAACAGUCCUCGAGGCGAAACACAAGAAGUAUGAGGGUCAGCUUGAGGCCCUCGACGCAGCCGCCACAGGUAGUGACAGAAGCAAGAUAGACAGGGAGAGACUGAGGUUGAGGGAGAAGAUGUGUACUGCUCAAAACGAUAUAACGGGCUAUGAGCAUCAGAUUACGGCGAUUAAGGAGGGGGUUAUGAGGAGCAUGUGGCAUUAA